ACCAUUCAGUGUUUUGAACUCUGAAGCUCACACAUCCCACCUCCUGCACUCAUGGAUGGAUGGAUGGAAAACAGAGUUUACUGGACUUGAUCCCGUAUAGUUCAUCGCGGUAAAUGGUGCAACAUGGCAGGACAAAGCUCUGCUGUCUCUGGCAUGAGCCUGGAGGAGGCAAACAACAUCUGGCAGUGUGUUAAGCACAAGGUGGUGACCAAGAUGUGUGGCUCGGGCUGGACGCCGACACCUCACCUGCAAGACGCCCACAUGUUCCACCCGCUCUCAGUCAUCGGCAAGCGCGUGGAGAGGUCGCUCCGCCUGAGGAAGGUGCGCAGCCUCUUCCCCCUCGGACCCCUCUCAGAGCUCAGGGAGCAGCCGGAAAACAGCCCCGACAACCCGGCCACCAGCCCUGACCGGCAGUCUCUGGACAGGGUCGAGCGCGUGGGGCCCAUACCCUGCGACAUGCUUCACGAGGAGUUCCUGGACGGCGUGGGCCGCGUGAGGAUCAUGAUAUCGGACUACUGGACCGAGUGCGGCGUGCAGCCCCUGGCCCCGAACCCCCAGCUGUGCCUGCGGAGGUCCAGCUUGCCCUGGCUGGACUCUGUGCACCGCCUCUACCUGGUCAGCCAGACCAUCUGCUCGUCCAGCUGUCGCAUCCGGCUCCUGGGGGCCGAGGCCAGCCACCAGAUGAAGCUGGGGCCCGACACGCCGCUGGGCUUCGUCUGCCUGCGGCUCUCCCUGCAGCCCUCGGGGACGGUGGAGGUGCGGGGUGGCGUGGAGAGCGGGUACCUCCACCCCAAGGCCCGCUGGGCCCGCUUCGGCUCCCCGGAGUACGAGAGGCUCACCGGGGGGACGGGUAGCGAGCCCAGGGUUAUGAGCAUACUGUCGCACCUAGCUUUCUCCUUCGCACACCCUUCCACCAUGUCUCUGCCCAUGCAAACUUCACGGAGCGAAGACACCCUCAGCCCCGAGCCAGAGCAGCGUGAGUCAGAGGGAGACAACCCCGAGGAAGGCCUCCUGCCUCUGGAAGGAGACGCCCACUACGACUACGACGGAGACGAAGAGAUGGAGGAAGACGGUGUAGACGACGACGACUGGUGACGAGGGAACAAUGUCUGAGGAAAUAACAACAAUAAAAAAAGGACAGAGGAGAGAGAGAGAGAGAGUAGAGAUGGAGAGAAGAGUAAUGAAGUAUAAGGAGAGAGUAGAAGUGGAUCGCUUCUGGGUGGGGUUGAAUAAUAAUAGAAGAGGGAUUGGGAGGGGGAGAUGAAGAGGGCUGAGAGGAAUGCGAGUGAUGAAAAUUGAUGGAGGUUAUUGCUGCCAACUGAUUAAAAUUCCAACCAAAACCUCAUCUCUCUAUCUCUCUCUCUCUACACUGUCUUCCAUCGAGAUAAAGAAAAAGAAAACAAAUUGUGCAUCCGGUAGAAAUAAAAACUCUUACAUCCAAAAGGUUGGGCCUA